ACGCCGCGGACAUCACUCCGGCGACCCGCGGCAUGGGCAAGGAUCGGCUGCCGGCACCUGAUCCUGUCGGGGAUCGGUGUUCUGAGGAGCACUUCAUGCGGCUCCGGGCUGCCGUAAAAGAGCUUGACAGCGCGUGGUACGAUUCCACGAACAAUCUGACGGUCACCGCUGACACUCGGAAGGCCCUCUUCGAGGAGCUUUUAUGGGAGCACCGGGAGCUCGCUGAGGCACAUGACAAGUGCCAAGUGAUCCCGGAAGCUUCCAUCGAUGCUCUCAAGGAGCAGCUCGCCACGGCCCAACGGGAAAAGGACGAGCUCAACCGGCAGCACCAGGAUGAGCUGAACGCCCUCAAGACCAGCUACCAGGAUCUCAAGUCUCAGCUGAUUCAGCUGGGGCUCGAUCACGCCAAGGCCCUCAAAGCCGCUGAAGUGAGCGCAGCGGCCAAGUUGGACGAGGCUCUGGAGGAUGCUUCCAAUGCCACUGUGGUGUUGCGGGCAGAGCUGGAGGAGAUGGCCAAGGCCCGGAAGGGCGCCGAGGAGAAGGCCGCGCGGCUGGAGGAAGAGCGUAAAGAGUGCGAUCAGCUGAUCCUGCAGACCGAUACACUUGCCCUCCGUAAGUUGUUUUCUUUUACAUUUUGACUACUGCAUACGAGCCUUUUUUCUUUCUACCCCAUUCUCUUUCCGUUAUCUUUCAUUCCGGACUCUUUUCCUUCCGGUCUCUUUUUCUUCCGGACUCUUCUCCUUCCGGUCUCUUUUCUUCCGGACUCUUUUCCUUAAACUUUUUCUUUCUUUGCAUAGGCCUCUUUCCGGACUCGCAGAGGUACGCUGUCAAGAAGGUCGAUGCGCAACGCAAGGACAAAGGCCAAGCGGAUCUUACUGUGCCAUGGACGCCGAAGGACCAUCUGGUCGCGCUUAACGCGCGGGUGUCCCAUAUGCGCUGCAUAGACCGCAAUCUUUCGGACAUCCCUGAUGUAGCUACCCAGCUAUACAGGACUUUGUGGCCUGGCGAGGCGGUGCCGGACACCUUCUCCCUCAUCAGCGACCGUCU